AGAGGUGGCCAGAGGCUGCUGUCCGGCUGAAAAUGAGUUCCCCACAACAAGAACAGGUGUCGUCUGUGUCUGCAGACCACAGGCAUGAAGACCUGGAGCAUGACAGCGCUGCCAGUGAUGAUACAAAACAGGGGGUGGUUGAAUGUCUUGGUAAUAAUGAAGUAAAGAGUCGUGCUGUGGUGAAAUACUCUGCCGCACCACCUCCGGCCACCUAUGCACUUCUUCAGGAGCAGACCGAUCUCAAGUUGCCCCCUGCCAACUGGCUGCGAGAGAGUGCCCAGCUCGGCUCUGCUGGGACCACUGUACUUGGAUCCAGCAGUAAAAGCAAGCCAUUCUCUAGCUUUGGUAUGGCCUAUGACUUCAUUGACUCGAUUGGGAAUGAUGUUGAUGUGGUGUCUGAUUCAGAGAACAUAAAAAAGUUGCUGAAGAUCCCGUAUAGUAAGUCUCAUGUCAGCAUGGCAGUUCAUCGGGUGGGCAGGACUCUGCUGCUGGAUGAGCUUGACAUUCAAGAGCUCUUUAUGCGGUCAUCCCAUACGGGAGACUGGACGUGGUUAAAGGAGUUUUACCAGAGACUUAUUGACCAGAAGUGGCAAAGGAAGAAGAAAAGUAAAGAGCAUUGGUAUGAAAAGGCCAUCCUCUCCAAGUUUCUUUACUACAGUAUACAUGGAAAUGAUGUUGCCGAACCUGUGCCCUCAGACUCGGACAACUGUGCUGAGGAAGAAGAGGCUUGUGGAAGUGCUGAAUAUGGUCCGUCCUGGCCUGCACCCUUCAGCAGCCCUGCCUCUGAAUCAGAGCAGUCCACUAUUCCCAAAGAGGAGCGAGUGGGGAACACGUAUGCUCUUGGUCAUGUGUCAUCUGUUCCUAAAGAGCAGAACCUUCCCACACUUUUUAAUGAAGGAGAGAAUAGCCAGGGCUUAAGGAAUGAAUAUGUACGGAACAUCCUCUGGACAUUUGAGGACAUCCAUAUGUUAGUGGGGUCCAAUAUGCCCAUCUUUGGAGGAGGGCGCUACCCAGCAGUCAGUCUAAGACUCAGGGAUAACAACAAACCAAUCAACAUCCUCACUGGGAUUGAUUACUGGUUGGACAAUUUGAUGUGCAAUGUGCCAGAGCUUGUCAUGUGUUUUCACGUGAAUGGAAUAGUACAGAAAUAUGAGAUGAUAAAGACAGAGGACAUCCCUGAUUUGGAAAAUUCGACAUUUUCCACUCGAGUUGUGAAGGACAUUGCCCAGAAUAUUCUUUCUUUUCUUAAGUCUAAUUGUACCAAAGAGGGACACACCUAUUGGCUCUUUAAGGCCAGUGGAAGUGACAUUGUAAAGCUAUAUGACCUGACCACAUUGUGUGAGGAAGCACCUGAAGAAAAAUGCCAAAAUCCCUUCACUCUGCCUGUGGCUGUGCUGCUGUAUAAAGUGGCCAGCAAUAUGAUGCUUAAAAAGACCCAAAACAGCAAGCAUUAUGGGACCAUCAGAACUCUCCUACUCAACUGUAUUAAACUAUUGGAUGAGGAAAAACACCCGCAAAUCAUAGCCUCUGCACACUACAUGCUUUCCGAGCUUUUCCAGCUUGACGACUCGAGUGAGGAAGAGGGGAAUGGGGAAUCUCUUAGGAACGGAGGCUCAGAAGACAGUUACAGUGAGGAUGACGAUGAGAGCGAUGAUGAUGAUGAAGACGAGAGCUGCUCAUACAGCCCCUCUUCUGAGUCUUUAAAGGAUUGCAAGGCUGUGGCCAUCAUUAAGUCUGUGGGAGAGCUGUCCGUUCCCGAGAAGUACACGUCCACUCACAAGAUCCGACCCAACUGUUCUUUUCCUGUGCCCCAAGACAAAGAAGAGAAGUGUAGGCUUGUCCUUUGCUACGUCCUAAAGGGCCUGAAGGCAGUGGAUAGCAGCAUAAAGAAGGAAAGUGAUUUGCCAGCAGCUGACCCCAAUACACCCAUUCCUCUGAAAUAUGAGGAGAGUGGAGCCAGAGCAGUGGAGAAAGAGAUUGCCCUUCUGCUUGACAGAGCUGCCCCUUGUGGUGAGGGCCUCAAGUUACCCAUGCGCUCGGGCAUGCUGCCUGGCUCCUGGCAACACCAGAUGAAGCUGCAGCUUUUCCUAAAAGCCUCAAAAGCCUACUAUGUACUGGCCGAGGCUGCCACCAACCUGUUGAAGUAUGGCCGUGCCCUGCGGUACAUCAAACUGGCCCUGCAGUGUCAUGAUGCAUAUUGUGCUAUAUGCAGUGGACUGUACCCACGUGUCUUGUUGUUCCACAGUCAGUGUUUGUCUCUGUGUGGAGACAUACAGCUAAUGCUGGCGCAGAAUGCCUCAAACAGAGCUGCCUAUCUGGAAGAGUACAGCUAUCAGACCAGAGACGACCAGGAGAUCCUUCAUUGUCUGCACCGGGAGAGCUCCUGCCAAGCAUUCAACGUGGCCACUGAUCUAGCCACUGACCCAGAGUACCAGCUGUUUGUCAGUAGUAAGUGUUAUGAGGCUGCCCAUGACCUUUUGACCUCUGAGGCUCUGAAGGACCUGGGCCAGGAGCAGCAGGCACAAGUUCUGAAGCGGCUUGGCAACAUCCGCAAUGAGAUGGGUGUGUUCUACAUGAACCAGGCUGCAGCUUUGCAGACAGAGAAAGAAGGGGUGCGGAGGUCGGUUUGUGCAGCAGAGCAAGAACUGUGGAAGAAAAGCUUUUCGUAUUUUGAGAAGGGUAUGCAGAACUUUGAGGCCAUUUCUGACUCUGUGAAUAAAGCUCUGCUGCUGUGUAACAUCGGCAGACUGAUGCGCAUCUGUGCCCAGGCCCACUGCGCCAUGACCUCUGAGGAGAGCAGAGGAGAGUUUUCUCCAGAAGAGGCUCUAUAUUACAACAAGGCUGUAGAUUACUAUCAGAGGGCCAUGAAAUGCCUGGGCAGCAGAGAGAGCCAUGAAGCAGUAUGGGACUCUGUUAACUGGGAGCUUUCCACCACGUAUUUCACCCUGGCCACAUUACUGCAGGACUAUGCUCCACUAUCCCGAAAAGCUCAAGAACAGAUCGAAAGGGAAGUGACGGAUGCCAUGAUGAAAUCUCUGCGAUACUGUGACCUCCAGACAGAGUCUGCUCGUCAGCCGCUCUACCAGUACAGAGCAGCUACCAUUCACCACAGACUUGCCUCCAUGUACCACAGCUGCUACCGUAACCAGGUGGGUGAUGAGAGUUUACGGAAGCAGCAUAGGUCUCUAGCAGAGCUCCAUUACUCCAAAGCUGUCCGGUUGUUUCUCAGUCUGAGUGACGCACCAUGUGAGCUUCUUCGCACGCUGCUUGAGAGAGUAGCCUUUGCUGAGUUUACCAUGGCAGGGCAGAGUAGUAGUGCUGUGAAAUUAAAAACCCUAACAGGUGCUUUAGAGAUCAUGAAUGAAACACGCCAUGCCUUCAGGUUAAUCCAUAAGGAGCUACAGGAGCAAGAGCAGAAAGAGGCAGUCGCAAUAGAAGACACAGACAAUCCUGAUGAAGCCGGUGCGGGGUGUGAUAGCUCUGCCUCCUCAGGCCUGAACACACAGGAGGUGCUGAAGCUGAUUGGUGUCUUUGAGCCCAGUUUCUCCUUCCUGCUCCUGCAGCUGGUCAAACUCAGUGCCACAAGUAAACGGAAACCCAGUGCUAAAGAAGAGGAGCAGGUGAAGGUGUACAAGCAGGUGUAUUCUCGACUCUUGCGAGCGGAAAAGAACACCUCCCUGAUCGAGCGGAUUGCCCUCUAUUUGGAACUUCUGGAUCAGCUCACCCCACCAGCAGAAAGCGAAGAACCAGGACCAUCAAUGUGAAUUGUACAUUUGUGCAAAUUUCCGAACUGACUGGUGCUACCCUCCCUGUAACUCAUUCAGGCUGCGUGCUGAAAGAACGAGGAGCCUUAUGGAAUGGGCCUUAUUCAUUCAAACCUGAAAAUGUGAAUACAUAUCAUAACAAGCAGUGCCUUGUCCUCUCACUCACAACAUCUUCAUCCAGACAUUGUGACACAUUACUUUUUUUUUUAACCAUUAGCAACAGAAAAUACAUUUUGUUCAAAAUAUUCUAUAUUUAAAAAAAUGUAUAGUAAAUAUUUUCUAAAAUUUUCAAAUAAACCAACAAAACUACCUGUUUUUUGUUUUUGGUGGGGUGAGAGAAAGGGCACUUGACCGAUUUAGUGGUGUACAACUAAGGUCACAUUGGUUGAUUUAGCUAAAAGCUCACAGUCUUUAAACAUAAAUAAACAAUAAAUAUGUGCAAUAUUAAGGCAGUGUUCAGGGUUAUGCUCUGUUUAAAGGAAGGAUUCACUGAAAAGUCAUUUUUAUACAAUUUGUGUUUGGGGGACUUUUGUUAUUUUUGAUCAUGGAAAGAACUGAGUACAUUUGAUUAUUCUGGUAAACAGUUCCUUUAGAGGCUUGUACAGCUUGCAGUGUUUUUGUAUGAGUGUGUUUGCUGACUUGUUAAGAUUAUUAAAAAAAAUGGACAUUAUUUUAAAA